AUGUCAAUAAUUAUCACAUGUUCUGCAAUAUUUGUCUUCAUAGCAAUAUUAGUUACAAUCUCUAUUCACAGACACAGACAGAAACUUCGUUUCAUUUUUUACACAUUUAGAGGAAGAAUUCACUUCUUAUAUUAUAAAACAAAGUUUAAGAAACGGUUUCGGUCUACAAAACAUUCAGAAAACAAGAUGGACUUUAUGUAUGAUGGCUUUGUGUCAUAUUCUGAUGAAGAUCGAGCAUUUGUUUUGAAUGAUUGCAUCACAAAUCUCGAAGAAAAAGGAAAUCUAAAGUUAUGUUUACAUCACCGUGAUUUUGUUCCAGGAGAAGAUAUAACAGAUAACAUUAUACAUGCAAUUGAAAGCAGCCGAAAGACAAUCUGUAUAAUAACAAGAUCUUUUCUGCAGUCUUACUACUGUAUGUUUGAAUACAACAUGGCUAGAAUGGAAAGUAUUCACUCAAGAAAUGGAAAAAAUGUUCUUUUUCUUGUAUUUUAUGAACAAUUAUUACCAGAGGAGUUACCUUUGGUUUUAUAUGAAGUUCUUCAGAAACAAACAUAUAUUGAAUUUCCGAAUGACGAACAUGGUAAUAGGAUUUUCUUGGGAAAAAUAAAGGACGGUAUAUCUGCUUAG